CACCCCCUCCGCGGCCGCCUGGUGCCCCCGCCCCGCACCGGCACCGGGGACAGCGGCAGCGGGGACGACGGCAGGCGGCCGCCCCCCCUUACCGCCCGCUUCUCACCCGGGGGGACCCUGGGCUGCCGCGCCCCACCCCCGGUCCCGGAGGGACGACGGCUCUCGGCACGCUGCUGCGCUGCUUCUUCCCCUGCGAGCGGCUGUGCGGGGGCUGCACCAUGCCCCCCGCACCUCCGCGGCCUCCCGGGGCCCUGCCACCCGCCGUGCCCCCCGCCCGCCGCCACCGGGUCCCCACCACCACUCGUCUGCCUCCCCGGACCUUCCACAGCUACCUACCGCGCUCCCACCGCACCUACAGCUGCGUACACUGCCGUGCACACCUGGCCAGGCACGAGGAGCUCAUCUCCAAGUCCUUCCAGGGCAGCCAUGGCCGUGCCUACCUGUUCAACUCGGUGGUUAAUGUGGGCUGUGGCCCGGCCGAACAGCGCCUGCUGCUCACUGGGCUUCACUCUGUGGCUGACAUCUUCUGCGAGAGCUGCAAAACCACUCUGGGCUGGAAAUACGAGCAGGCAUUUGAGAGCAGCCAGAAGUACAAGGAGGGGAAGUUCAUCAUCGAGAUGUCACACAUGGUCAAGGAGAACGGCUGGGACUGAGCAGCAUGGCAGGGACACCACAGUGGCACCUACCCUGGCAGGCACCUGGCACUGGACUACUGACAUGGACCCUCCCCACUUUGCUCUUCAGAGGGGCACCCCAAGCCAGCCUGUGCCACCUGCUGGGGUGAGGGCAUGGGGCCCGUCACCAGCGCACAGAGGCUGCGGGCAGCUUUUCUAGUGGAAUAAAAGAUUUUUGUAGGAAGGCGUCAAGUGUCACCUUGGAGUGCCAGGGGGAGGUGGCAAUGCCAGGGGAACAGCACCUGGCACACCAGCAGCAAUAGUGUUCCCCCUCCAACAGGAGCCAUUCAGUGACUCAGAGCUUUUAUUGGGGCCUCAGGCCCAGAGCUGAUGGGGGAAACAGAGGCACAGGAGCUGCUGUGGGGCCAGGAGCACCCAAUGGGGGCAGAGAAUUUGGGAGGUGUGGGAAGGAGAAGGGAGAAAAGGAUGUGGCUGAAUGGUUGUUGGAAGAGGGAAAGAUGGAGUGCAGAGGGAAGGAAGGGGGAAGAGGGAGAGAAGAUACAGGGAAGCAGGGAGG